UAAAUGAUUAUAUCUGUAUUCAAAAUACUGCGUUCUGAUGAACAACUAUCUACUAAGAAGUAAGACGAAGACAUCAACCAAAAUGGAAAAAUUGAUUCAUGAAUCUGAAGCGUCCAAAGAUACUAUAAUGGUAGAUGAAUUAGAAGAUAGGGAAAGUACAAUGCAAGAGUUUGAUACAUCCAAUGAUACUAUUGUAUUGAAUUCAAGUGAUAUGGAGUCGCAAGAACAACUGAACUUAACCCUAGUAGAGUCAAAUGAAUCCUUAGGUGAAGAUUUUGUUGGUUUCCUCGAUCAAAACGAUAGGAAUUGUAAUAAACCUGAACUACAAGAAGUUGAUGAUUCAAAUUUAAAGAUUUCAAAUGAUCAAGUCAAUAAUUCAAACAAUGAUGCUCAACAAAACAUUGAAGAUUCUAUUGCUCAAUCUAGCGAUUCACUUUAUAAUGUAAAUUCUAAAAUGGAUAUCUUGAUGAAGUUUCUUGAAGAACAAAACAAAAGUAUAAAAAAUGAAUUUAAAAAACAAGAUGAAGCAAAAAAUGAAAUUAAAAAUGAAAUUAAAAGUGAAAUUAACAGUGUAAAAAAUGAAAUUAAUGGUUUAAACCAAAAACUUAACAGACAAAAUGAUAAGUUUGAUGAGAAGUUUAAUGAAAUAAAAGCACAGUUUCAAACAAUAAAUCAGAAAGUUGAAUGCCAGGACAAGAAAAUUGAGAAGGUUAGGUCAGAACUAGACAAAAAAAUUACAAAACAAGAAAGUAGGUUAGAUCAAUACUGUAUGAAAAAUAACAAAGAAAUCGAAGAAAUGCAGGUCAAAACUAAAAAACUUGAGGUACAAGUAGGUCAGGUAACCGAAACAAUGAACAAAAAUACAAGUCAAUUGAAAGAUGAAAUUAAUAAUAUUAAUGAAGAGAUGGAAAAUGUUAGGGCUAGUGUUCACCAACAAUCAGCCAUGCAAAUCAAUUUAGAAGAUAGGAUCACUAAGAAUCUGAAUAUUUUGGAAGUUAGGCAGAACGAAGAAGCUGUCAAGGUCUGUACCUUACAGUUGAAUGUAGAGAAAAACAGUGAAACAGUUGAUAAAUUACAGAAAAAAAUCUCAUCACAAGUGAACUUUGUACCGCAAGUAAAUAAUUGCUUUCCUUCUGACAAAUACGAAUUUCAAAUGUCGAUUGACAGGAGAAAUCCUAUGAACUUCAUCAAUAGCUUAACUGAAUAUUUAUCUCGUAACCAUAUUACUGAAUGGGGAAAAAUAAAAAGUAUUUUGGACAAUAAUUUGAAUAAAACUUAUCAACAACAAGAAUGGUGGGAUUUUGUAAAAACCGAUAUUGACAGUUUUGAAAGCUUCAAAAACAAAUUCAUCUCGAAGAUGUGGUCGCAAGACAUCCAGAAGAAAGCACGACAAGAACUUCAAUUUGGAAAAUACCUCAUUGGUAGUAAGUUAACUUUAAGUGAAUAUUUUAUUUCCAAAUUUAACAUCUGUAAAAAUUUAAUUCCGGCUAUUGACAAAGACACAAUUUUUGAAAUGUUGAAAAAUCAUUACAAUGAAAAUAUAAUUACCGCUGCAAUUGUUAGAAAUGUAAAGAAUGCAGAAGAAUUUAUUAAGGUGUUGGAUGCAUUCAGUUUAUUAGAUGAAUAUAGGGUGAACAAAAAUCAAAACAAUCAAGAAAAUCAAGAUAAGAAUCAGUCAAAUGACAAUCGAAGAUUUGAUCAGGUAGGACGCAAUAAUUUUGAUAAUAGAAGAAAUAAUAACAACUUUCAAAGAUCAGGUUAUCAACAACGUCAGGAAGAUCGUAGACAAUCAAAUAAUGCAAACAUGAAUCAAAUGAAUCAAAACAUGAAUCAACCAGGUAAUUUUCAUCCUAGAAAUCCAAUGAUGUUUCCGCAGCAGUUCAACUACCCGCCGCCUGGAUAUGGAGCAUCACAAAGAAAUACAUCACAAAGUACAAAUAGUAACAAACAUCCUUUAAACUAAAGGAUGAACAACGAAAAAUGAUUUCUCCUGUUAGUUCAUUAAGUUCAGGGUUUACCAAUGAAAAUUCAAAUGAAAAUCUAAGUAAAAGUUCAAAUGAAAAUUCUUCAAAUAUAGACAAUCAACCUGUAUUGAAAAAUUAUGAACGAAUUUUAAAAAAGAGAAACUUUUGCAUUUUCCAAGAAUUAUUAGAUGAACCGGACAUGCCUAUAAAAGAAAACUAUGAACUUGUCGAAGUAAAUGUUAAGAUUUGUAAUAAAGAAUUUAUGUUAAUUAUAGACACAGGAUCUGAGGUUAGUGUAGUAAAUGAAAAAAUAAUUAAAGAAUUGAAAGUAAAUAACUCUAAGAAUUUAAGUAUUGUUCCAGCUCAAAAUAUUAGUAUUGUAAGUGCAACUGGUAUAAAACAUAAGAAAGUAAAUAAGCAAGUUAUUCUAGAUGUAGGGUUUGAGAAGAUGGAAUUACCAAUAGUAUUCUUAAUAGUUGAUGAUUUAAAUACAGAUUUAAUUGUAGGUUGUGACUUUCUAAAAGAAAUAAAAGGUAUUGUUAAUUUCGAAGAAGAAAAAGUAGUGAUUAAAAAACUAGAGAUACCUUUCAUUAAGAAACCGAUUUGUAGGUAUGGACAAAUUUUCAAUAUCAAAGUCAAUGCUGAUAAAAGAACUAAUGAAGAAAUUUGGGAUGAUCAAAUAUUAAAUAUACGUCAUAGUUUACAGAAUGAAUCCAAAGAUCUAGUAGAGAAAUUAAUUGAUGUGUUUGAUUCCAAUAAAGAUGUAUUUUCUGAUUCUCCAGGCUCAGCUAAAGGAUACGUUUGUAAGUUAAGAAUGAAAGAUGAUAUAAAAUUAAUCAAGAAAAGUUAUCCUAUCCCUUAUAAUCAAAGAGAUGCAGUAAGGGAAGAGCUCAACAAAAUGUUAUCUCAAAAAAUCAUUGAACCAGGCUGUUCUGAAUACACUAAUCCAAUGGUUGUAGUUAAAAAACCGAAUAAUAGUAUCAGAUUGUGCUUAGACGGUAGGGAAGUAAAUAAAUUCAUAUUGAGAGAUUACACUGAGCCAGAACCGAUUGAUAGCUUAUUAAUAAGAUUCAACCAAUGUAAUUAUAUAACAAGUUUAGAUCUAACUCAAGGUUUUAAUCAGGUAAAAUUAGAUGAAGACAGUAAAAAAUUUGUAGCAUUUAACGUAUUUGGACAAGUAUAUCAAUACACGCAUCUUCCAUUUGGACUCAAUAUCAGCUCAUCUGAAUUCAUAAAAUGUUUGUAUAAAAUAUUAGGAGAAGAUGUUUGUCAAUUCAUUAUCGCCUAUGUCGACGACUUAGCUAUUUGUAGUAAAACACUUGAGGAACAUAUUCAAAGACUUGAUCUCUUAUUUAAAAGAUUAAAAGAAGGUAAUUUAACGUUAAAGUUGGCUAAAUCUAAGUUAAUUGCAGAUAAAAUAAAAUAUUUAGGAUAUGUAAUAAGUAAGGAAGGAAUUGAACCGGAUCAAGACAAGUUAAGAGUAAUUAAAGAUUUUCCAGAACCCAGUAAUUUAAAACAACUUCAAUCUUUUCUUGGAUUUUGUAAUUAUUAUAGAAAAUUUCAAAAGAACUAUUCGUACUUAACAGCUGAAUUUAAGCAUCUAUUGAAUAAAAAUAAAAAAUUUAUUUGGACUGAUAAGGAAAGAAAAGUAUUUAAUGAAAUAAAAGAAAAAUUCAUUGAUUGUGUAAUGCUCAGACAUCCUGAUUACAAUAGAGAAUUUAUUAUGAGUACUGACUGUAGCGAUAUAGGUAUAGGUGUGGAAUUAUUCCAAGAGAAUAAUGAGAAGGAACAUGAAGUGAUAGCUUAUGCUAGCAGGAGUUUAAAUAAGAGUGAAUUAAAUUAUUCUAUUUGUGAAAAGGAGUGUUUAUCAGUAUUGUUUGGUUUGCAAAAAUUUCAGAAUUACUUUGGAGAUCGUAAAAUAAUAGUAAGAACAGACCAUAAAGCAUUAACCUUUAUGAAAAAAUGUAAAGUAGGACACAGUAGAAUGGGCAGAUGGAUUUUAGCAUUGCAAAAUUAUAAUAUUGAAUGGGAAUAUAUCCCAGGUAAAGAAAACAUUGUAGCUGAUAUAAUUUCAAGAACCGACUUUGAGGGAAAUUUAGAGGUACGUAAUUCAAAUGAAUAUAAAGUUUUUAAUAUUAUUAAAAGUGAUAAGCCCAUGAAUGAAAUAAUUAAGAAAAUAAAAAAUACACAGUAUACUGAUCCAUGGAUAAAUAAGAUAAAAGAUAAAGUAGAAAUGGGUAACGUUCAAAUUUGUAAAUACUUCACUGUCCAUGAAGACUUAUUGUUCUGUAGAAAAACUACUAAAAAUAAUUAUUGGAAAUUGUGUGUGCCUUCUGCACUUUAUGAAGAUUUAAUUAUGGAAACACAUUAUAGACAAGGUCAUGUAGGUAUUUCUAAAGUUUGUAGAUUUUUGCAAGAAACAUUUUAUAUUAAAGAUUGCUAUAAAAUGGUAACGAAAACUAUUAAGUAUUGUAAGUAUUGUCAGUUGGUAAAAACUUCAAAUGAGAAAAAGUUACUCGAUAUGCACACUAUCAUUUCUGAGAAAAAGAAUAGCAAAAUAUUUAUAGAUGUAUAUGGUGAAUUACCAGGAGGUCGAUAUAAAUGGAUGUGUAUAAUAUUAGAUGGGUUCACAAAGCAUGUAAAAUUAUAUCCGUUAGUAAGAGCAAAUAGUAAGACUUUAAUUAAAAAAGUAGAAGAAUACAUAAAAGAAUUUGGUAAAUUUGAAUACAUCAUCAGUGACAACGGUACCUGUUUUCAAAGUAGAAUAUGGAAGUCAGAAAUGGAGCGUCUGGGAAUCAAACCUUACUACAUUUCUAUGUACCAUCCUCAAGCUAAUCUGAGUGAGCGGCCGUUAAAGGAAGUAAACAGGAUCUUACGCACCUAUGUUCCAAAGGAGAAGCAUAAUACUUGGUACAAACAUCUUGAUAAGGCAGAAUACAUCAUUAACUGUAACUUUCAUGAAACAACAGGACAGAUUCCAGUAGAGAUGAUGAUGAAUAAAAAAUUAGGUCAUUUAGUUUUCAAAAGUAUUAGAUUUCCUCCUGAUAAUAAAUUUGAACUAGAACCCGAAGAACUUAGAAAUAGAAGAGUAUUAAUUAAUAUAAAAAAUAAAGGAGUAAUCAGAAGAUUUAAACAGAAUAUGAGAAAUAAAAAUCCAUGUAAAAUCAAUGUAGGUGAUCAAGUCUUGAUAAAAAAUUACAUUCUAUCUAACAAAUUGAAGAAAAUAUCUGCGAAACUGUGUGCAAAAUAUAAGGGACCGUAUGUUGUAGUAAAAGAUUUAAGAAAGGGUUGUUAUGAACUUGAAGAAAUAAAAACUGGAAAAAUUUUGAAAGUAAAUAAGUUUAUGAUGAAGCGUUUUUACCAUAAAGAUGAUUAAUUUUUCUAAACUUACGUGAUCAAUGGCUUGAGAAUCAUUCUAAAAUAAAAAAUAUGCAAUUGAAUACUAUAACACUUUGUUAAAUCAACUGUAGAAAAUGAAACUUUGUUUAAAAUAAUAAUGUAAUUCAAACAAAUUUUAUUGAGUCAUGAAAUCUAUUGUAUUGGUACUGUUGUUUAGUAUUCUUGUUGGUAUGUAUUAGUAUUAGUAAUUAUUGAUUUAUAAUUGUAUUUUGUUUGAGUAAGAAAUCCUGACCUUGAAGUCUUAAGGGAUGCUCAUAAAUUUUGUGUAAUGUAAUUUGUGCUUAUGAAUGACCAUGUAGCUUGUGUUGGUAAUACAAUGAUUUAAAUGACUUGAUGAAACGUAUUUUGAAAGUUUUGGAAAAUUUAUAAGUAAUAUUUAAAUUUCAUUGUGUUUAAAUUCCUACUUUUAUAGUAAAUUCAUAAACAAAUGAUUGACAUUAAUGAUUAAUAAAAUAAUGAAUGUUCAAAUUAAUUGAAAAUAAAUUGCUGAAAACCAUUGAAACGAUUUAAAUAAAGGAAUAAAUAAUAUAAUAUUGUUGUUAAUUGAUAUAUUUAUUCUAUAUUCACUUGUAUUCAGUAAUAAUAAUGUGUACGUACUUGAAAUAAUAAUAUUGUUUAAUUAAAAUUGAUUCAUAUGCUAUUGAUCACUAAUAUCCUAUCUAAAUAUUUAGUAUAACUCUUCUGUCAAUAUUUUAUUUUAUGAUUUACUUGAAAUUUGUGGAUAAAUUCAUGAACUUACAAUAUUCAUGAUUCAUUUUGUUUGAAAUAUGACUGACGAUUUAUCAACUUAACUAUAUUUUUGAGUAAUAGUCAAUUCUAAAACUUAUCUUUAAAAAAUAUAUAUAUUUUUUAUUCUUAUUAAAAAUUUAAAUAGUAAUUUUUUAUUCUUAAAUGCUCAUACAUUCUUGACGUGAAAGUGACUACUAGUGCAUCGAAUAACACUGCAACGUAUAAUACAAAUGUGAAUGAUAUCUUCGAAUCUUCAAUAUUCUACGACAACGAAAUUGCUGAAAAUAAAAUGGUAGUGGUAUGGAACUUCGUCGCAGAACUUCAAGCUGAGAUGUGGCCUAACUCCAUUCCACAGCGUAAAGAUGUCAUUCCACAUAGAGGGUGUUCCAGAAAUUAUAGUCACAAGAACUUCAAGAUUUUGCAUUGCAAGAAACCUUUACCUAAAAUUUACCUUACCUUAAAAAAGCUAUUCCUUUCUAGAUAUUGGCAACAGUGAAUCCUUUCUAGCAACUCACUCCGUUCCUUAAGUUAAUCCUUUCAAAAUUUUCCACUUGCACAUAAUGCAACUACAACUACAAAUAAAAGUGCUAUCUAAACGAGUAUGGACAUGUAAAAGUGAGAAGUAAAAGAAAUGAGUGAUUAAAAAAUAACGAGAUGUAUCUACGAAUGUGCCUGCAAAUGAACUUUCAUCUUCGUCUAAAUCCAAAAAUGUUCCAGUUGUAAAAAAUUGUUAAAAUUGAUCUUCGAGAUUCGCAUAAAACCAAGUUUAAUGGAUUUUUGUAACAUCUUCAUCUAAAUCCAAGUCUAAUGGAUUUUUGUAAACAAUGUUCCUGCUUUACAAAAUGUCAAAUUGAUCUUCAAAACUCGUAAUAACUAUCGAAUAAAAUAGUUAUUUCUACAAGAACUUCUAUCAAAUGAACUUUCUCAUUGAUGCUAAAAAAAAAAAAAAAAAAAAAAAAA